ACGUCAUUUCUGCGCGACGGAAGCACGCCCGCCCGAGGCAGAAGAUGGCGGCGGCGAAGCGCAGCGUCCUGUCCUCUUUGGCGGUUUAUGCCGAGGAUUCAGACCCGGAAUCGGAUAGCGAGACCGGGACGGCGGGAAGCGAUGGGGGAACGGCUACGGGAGAGAAAGGAGGGCUCGUCUCGGUUGGGUAUGGAGAAGAUGAUUUCAGCCGCCUGGAUGGGGAUGAGGAGGGCUAUGAAGAGGAGGACGACGAGAACAGCAGGCAGUCAGAAUUCUCAGAACUGGAGAAAAGAGAUCCUCAGGAGCUAGUUGCUUCUUUUUCAGAGAGAGUGCGGAACAUGUCUCCAGAUGAGAUCAGAAUCCCUCCUGAGCCUCCUGGCAGAUGUUCUAACCACUUGCAGGAUAAGAUUCAAAAGCUGUAUGAGAGGAAAAUAAAAGAGGGCAUGGAUAUGAACUACAUCAUUCAAAGGAAAAAGGAAUUCCGCAACCCCAGCAUCUAUGAAAAGCUGAUCCAGUUCUGUUCCAUUGAUGAACUUGGUACAAAUUAUCCAAAGGACAUGUUUGAUCCUCAUGGCUGGUCAGAGGAUUCAUAUUAUGAGGCACUAGCAAAAGCUCAGAAGAUUGAAAUGGACAAACUGGAGAAGGCCAAGAAGGAGCGCACAAAGAUUGAAUUUGUGACUGGCACUAAGAAGGGCACAACAACAAGUGCUGCCUCUACAACAACCACGACAGCCAGUACUACAGUUGGAGAUGCACAGAAGAGGAAGAGCAAAUGGGACUCGGCCAUCCCUGUAACAACAAUAGCUCAGCCCACCAUCCUCACCACUACUGCCACACUGCCAGGAGUUGUCACAGUGACAACCAGUGCAAGUGGAUCCAAAACUACAGUCAUAUCAGCUGUUGGCACCAUUGUGAAGAAGGCAAAGCAGUGACCAGCACGCUGGGCUUGGAUUUUUGGACUGAAUUGUCAUCAAAACCACUGUUGUUGAAAGGGAGGGGUGGCUUUCACCUUUGGUAAAUGGUGACAGGAUUCUUUGAAACAGACCACAGCUCUCAUUUGGAGGAAUGGGGGCAGGAGCAGGCAUGCCAGCUGUGUGCGCACACCAACGGACCUCUGCCGACAAUGCCUCUCUUCUUGCUUCAGGAGGAACCAACCUCUGUAUUGUGCUGGAGGAAGAUGAGAUACACAUUUUAUUUGUUGUAUUACUGCUUUAGGUUCUUGUCCUCCUUGCAAGUCUGGUUUAACGUUGUUUUUUUUUUUAAUAUUUAAAAACAGAAAGAUAAACAAGCAGUGAGGGAAUAUCAGCAUUGCCCUUGUUUAUUCCAGAUCAUCCUCAAAGGCUGUUCUUGUGAUAUGCACCUCCCUUGAACGUGCCAGCUCAGCUUCAAGGGGUGUGAAGCAGAGACUUGGUCAGUGCCCAUCCUCAAAUGUGUAGCAGAGACUUGAAGCUCAGUCUGCAUCUAUGAGCGUAGAUGGACUGUUUGUUAUCAUACUGACAUCUGUACCUGUGUGCAUAUCUGUGUGUAUCUUGGUGAUUACGUGUUUAAUAGCUGAAAUAUUGAGGUCACUGUACUGACGUUGUCAUGUUACCAUCUUUCAAGGAUGGAGAUUCCUAUGCAGAAGCUGCAGAGAUUUGGUUUGUUAAUUCGUUUGCAAAGACCUGUGCAGAAACCUUUCAUUGUCAUGGGAUGAGUUUGGAGUUACAGGAGAGCAUCUGGUCCUGGCUGUGAUGUUGUCUUUGUUCUGGAUAGUGACCUACCCCACAGUGCACACAUGGCAGUCACUGCUUGCUCCAAUGUUGUGAAAAAAGUAUUUUCAGUUUAAAAAUUUUAUUGUAUAAAUCUUCUUACUUGUGUUGCAGAAAUUAUUAUAAAUAUUGAAAGUCUUUAAAAAAAAAAAAAAAGGUGUCA